AUGGACGAUCAUGUAUUAGUCCCGACGCCGCCGGCCUCGGCGAGCGGCCACUCCAAAGAUUUCGAUUUUAGCACUACGAGAACCUUGUAUCCCGCUGUCAAACACGCAACUCUGCCGGUAGAUGGCGCAGGCCACGAUACCUUUUCCAUCAAGCACCUCGUGCUCCUCCUCGCUUUCGUUCCCGCCUUUGCGACAUGGAAACUAUGUGGAGGAUACAACACCUUGGUAGUCGCUCUCUUCACGCUCUUGGUGCCCGUCGCCGCUGCAUUUUGGUACGUUGCAUCGUGUAUCUCGCCUCCGAUCAACGAGAAAAUUCAGAACCCCGGUCGGCCGGUCGAAGACUACAUCACCUUCAAAAAUGAGCACGACCGAGACCGAUACUGGGGCAGGCAUAAGAUAGCGAUGGGCACUUUCACAAAGAUGUACUUCGACGGUGAUGUGGAUUUCAAUGGUGACGCACUUGAAAUCCUGGAGUGGAGGUAUGACUGGGCGAGUUGGAGGUUCACGAGAGAGAUGACGAGGUUCGUGGUGUUGACGUGGCUUCCUGAAGUGAUCUCGUCCUACCUAUUUCCAAGAGAAAGGCAGCUGGUAGAAGAUCAGCGCGGUAGCGACUUUUACUCAUGGUUUCUUGGUCCACGAUUGGCUUACACUUCAGGCAUCAUAUCGGAUAUGAAUAUUGAGGAAACGCUUGAAGACCUGCAAGACAACAAGCUUGCUGCGCUCUGUGAAAAGAUCGACCUACAACCAGGAGAGCGGCUUCUCGAUAUCGGUUGCGGAUGGGGUUCCCUCGUAACCUUCGCCAGCGUCAAUUACGGUGCCCUCGCGACUGGGCUUACGAUUGACCCGUAUCAGGCUGAUUUGGGAAACUGGCGCCUCCAAUCUGCAGAGAUAUCCGAAGCCCAAAGCCGUAUAUGCAGUCGGGCGUAUGAGGGUCCCGACGAAAAAUAUGACAAGAUUGUAUGUGUGCAGUCAUCUGGGCAAGAGGAUUUGAAAGUGAGCGGGUUCUUUGAGCGCUGCUAUGAGAUGCUUGCGGAUGAUGGAGUGUUCCAUGUCGAGAUCACCGCGUCGAGACGUGCGUGGCAAUACGAGGAUCUGGUCUGGGGGUUGUUCUUGAAGAGGCAUGUCAUUCCUUGGAUGACGAUGGGGUGGGACUUGGGGAGGUAUGUGACUGCUCUCGAAGAGGCGGGAUUCGAGAUUCAAAGCCUCGACAAUAUUGGGCAGCAUUAUUCUGCUACCUUGUGGAGGUGGUACAAGAAUUGGACGGGCAAUCGGGAUAAGGUCACGGCUAAGUAUGGUGAAAAGUCAUACCGGAUCUGGGAAUACUUCCUUGCAAUGGCGACUAUCAUAUUCCGGCAAGGAACCAUGGGUCGCUACCAAAUUACGCUGGUGAAGAAUCUCAACGGAGUCCACCGUGCGGGUUUACACCAGACCCGGUUUUCUGUGGCGGAGGCGUUGGCCACCAGCAGAGCACAAGGGAAAAACAGGUUCCCUAUUUGA